GGAGAACAUCAUCUGCUUUGUGAAGAACGAGCUGAAGAAGAUCCACAAGGUUCUGGAUACAGAUCACACAGAAGUCUCAGAGAGUCAGAGGGAGGAUGAGGAGCAGAGGAGCAGCAGAGAGGCUUUUCUGAAGAUCACAGAGGACUUCUUAAGGAGGAUGAAGCAGGAGAAGCUCGCUGACAAAAUCAGAGCUUCAGCUUGUCGACGUGAACUCAAAUCAAACCUGAAGAAGAAGUUCCAGUGUUUGUUUGAGGGCGUGGCUAAAGCAGGAAACCCCACCCUUCUGAAUGAGAUCUUCACAGAGCUUUACAUCACAGAGGGAGGGACUGGAGAGGUCAAUGAAGAACAUGAGGUCAGACAGAUUGAAAGAGCUUCCUGGAAACCAGACAGACCAGAAACAUCCAUCAGACAAGAAGACAUCUUUAAAGCCUCAGCUGGAAGAGACGGACCAAUCAGAAGAGUGAUGACAAAGGGCGUGGCUGGCAUUGGGAAAACAGUGUUAACACAGAAGUUCACUCUGGACUGGGCUGAAGACGAAAGCAACCAGGACGUACAGUUCAUGUUUCCCUUCACCUUCAGAGAGCUGAAUGUGCUGAAAGAGAAGAAGUUCAGUUUGGUGGAACUCAUCCAUCACUUCUUCACUGAAACCAAAGAAGCAGGAAUCUGCAGGUUUGAAGACUUUAAGGUGGUCUUCAUCUUUGAUGGUCUGGACGAGUGUCGACUUCCUCUGGACUUCCACAACACUGAGAUCCUGUCUGACGUCACAGCGUCCACCUCAGUGGACGUGCUGCUGACAAACCUCAUCAGGGGGAAACUGCUUCCCUCUGCUCGCCUCUGGAUAACCACACGACCUGCAGCAGCCAAUCAGAUCCCUCCUGAUUGUGUGGACAUGGUGACAGAGGUCAGAGGGUUCACGGACCCACAGAAGGAGGACUACUUCAGGAAGAGGUUCAGAGAUGAGGAGCAGGCCAGGAGGAUCAUCUCCCACCUCCAGACAUCACGAAGCCUCCACAUCAUGUGCCACAUCCCAGUCUUCUGCUGGAUCACUGCAACAGUUCUGGAGAACAUGCUGAAAACCAGAGAUGGAGGAGAACUGCCCAAGACCCUGACUGAGAUGUACAUCCACUUCCUGGUGGUUCAGUCCAAAGUGAAGAGGGUCAAAUAUGAUGGAGGAGCUGAGACAGAUCCACACUGGAGUCCAGAGAACAGGAAGAUGAUUGAGUCUCUGGGGAAACUGGCUUUUGAGCAGCUGCAGAAAGGAAACCUGAUCUUCUAUGAAUCAGACCUGACAGAGUGUGGCAUCGAUAUCACAGCAGCUUCAGUUUACUCAGGAGUCUUCACUCAGAUCUUUAAAGAGGAGAGAGGCCUGUACCAGGACAAGGUCUUCUGCUUUGUCCAUCUGAGUGUUCACGAGUUUCUGGCUGCUCUUCAUGUUCAUCUGACCUUCAUCACCUCUGGAACAAAUCUGUUGUCAGAACCAACAACAAGCCAGUUGACCAGACCGUUUGGAAAAAAACCUAAACUGAAUCAUCUGCACCAGAGUGCUGUGGACGAGGCCUUACUGAGUCCAAAUGGACACCUGGACUUGUCCCUCCGCUUCCUCCUGGGUCUUUCACUGGAGACCAAUCAGAAGCUCUUAAGAGGUCUACUGACACAAACAGGAAGUGGUUCACAGACCAAUCAGGAAACAGUUGAGUACAUCAAGAGGAAGAUCAGUGAGAAUCUGUCAGCAGAGAGAAGCAUCAACCUGUUCCACUGUCUGAAUGAACUGAACCAUCGUUCUCUUGUGAAGGAGAUCCAAGAGUCCCUCACAUCAGGACGCCUGUCCACAGAGACACUGUCUCCUGCUCAGUGGUCAGCUCUGGUCUUCAUCUUACUGUCAUCAGGAAAAGAUCUGGAAGAGUUUGACCUGAAGAAAUACUCUGCUUCAGAGGAGGCUCUUCUGAAGCUGCUGCCAGUGGUCAAAGCCUCCAACUCAUCAGAUUCAUGUGAACUGGAACUGGACACAAACACAAUGAGCAGAGGACUCAAACUGUCUGACGACAACAGGAAAGUGACCCGUGUGACAGAAUAUCAGUGGUAUCCUGAUCAUCCAGACAGAUUUAAGUUCUGGUCUCAGCUGCUGUGUAGACCUGGUCUGACUGGUCGCUGUUACUGGGAGGUCGAGUGGAGAGGAACUGUUUAUAUAUCACUGAGUUACAGAGGAAUCAAGAGGAAAGGCAUCGGUUUUGACUGUGUGUUUGGAUAUAAUGAUCAGUCCUGGAGUCUGUUCUGCUCUGAUGAUCUUGGUUACUCUGUCCGUCACUGUGGGACACGAACACCCAUCAUGUCCUCUGUCUCUCACAGAGUAUCAGUGUAUGUGGACUGUCCUGCUGGGACUCUGUCCUUCUACAGCGUCUCCUCUGACUCACUGAUCCACCUCCACACCUUCAGGACCACAUUCACUGAACCGGUUUAUCCUGGGUUCCUGGUCUGGCCUGGUUCCUCAGUGUCUCUGUGUCCUCUGUAGGACAUGAAGAGACAGCAGCUUCAGUGGUGGACGAGGUCAAAGCUCAAAUAAUAUAAAAUAAAAUUCAAGGUUUUCAAUCAAAUAGAAAACAAAGUAAAUAAAGAUGGUAAGAGUUUGACUCUUGUUCUGAAGAACAUCAUCUUCUCAUGGAGCCUUUCUGUCCCAGCAUGCACUGCUUCUCCUCCUCCUCCUCUUCAUGCUGCCUGACAACAGCGCCCCCUGCUGCAUGUGAGCAGAACAACACUCAGAGUUACGCACACACACACACACACAUGGAAAAUGAAACACACAUGAGCAGAUUAUGCCAUGAAUGAGGAAGUGUGGUUUCUGCUGUGAUGCAGGUGAAACUGAGUGUGCGUGACCUCAGGAUGACCUCUGUCCUCCUGCUGCUCUGUGAACGACAGUGAAGAACGUGUCCACAGUGACAGGAAACUCAUGACACUCAGAGGGUUUUUGCACUUUCCAAACAUCAUCAGUGUCUGUGGUUUCUGUUUCUGUGGCUUAAUGAAGAAUGACAUUUUCAACAUCAAUAAAAACCACAUCAUAUCACUUUAA